AUGCAUUUUACUGCCUUCUCCACGGCCCUAUUGGCCCUCGCACAGUACGCAUGUGCUUUGCCGGUGGAAUCUGACCAAGUGUCGGGCCUGGAUAUCACCCUAAGCCAAGUAGACCAUACCCGGAUCAAAGCCGUGGUGAAGAAUGCCGGUAACGAGGAGGUGACCUUUGUGCACCUCAACUUCUUCCGUGAUAGUGCCCCUGUGAAGAAAGUCGACGUUUUCAAAGACAACGCCGAGGUAGCAUUUGAGGGCAUCAAGCGCCGUUUCAAACUCCAGGGCCUCACGCCAGAGGCCCUUACGACCCUUGCAGUGGGAGAAACUAUUGAAGAUGUGUUUGAUGUUGCUGCAACAAGUGAUCUAUCCUCCGGCGGGCCUAUGCUGCUGCGUUCCAAUGGGUUGGUGCCUCUGGUGAACAACGACUCCGUCUCUGGAUACCUACCGUACCACUCGAACGAGCUCGAGAUCGAAGUGGAUGCCAUCAAGGCAUCUCGAGUCACAAAGGCAAUCAAUCCGCUGGCGCGUCGGACCAAGGAGAGCUGCAACGAUUCUGGCAAGAAGGCUAGUCUUGACAAAGCACUGAGCAAUGCCGCGUCUCUGGCCAAUGCCGCUGCGCAAGCCGCCCUCUCCGGAUCAGCGUCGAAGUUCAACGAAUAUUUCAAGACGACAUCUAGCUCGACGCGUCAGAUUGUGGCUGCUCGUCUGAAAGCAGUAGCAAAAGAGGCUCAGUCGACUAACUCCGGCUCCACCACGUACUACUGUACCGACGCAUACGGUUAUUGCGAGUCAAAUGUGCUGGCCUACACAUUGCCCUCUUUGAAUGUGAUUGCGAACUGUGAUAUAUAUUAUUCGGACCUGCCCGACCUGGCUAGUAGCUGCCAUGAUCAGGAUCGAGCCACCACAACCCUACAUGAAUUCACCCACGCUCCAGGAGUGUACAGCCCCGGCACAGAUGACCUAGGGUACGGCUACUCGGCUGCUACGUCCCUGAGUAGUAGCAGCGCCGUCUUGAAUGCCGACACAUAUGCUUUGUAUGCCAACGCAAUCAACCUUAAGUGCUAA